AAAUUGCCGUGAAGUCGUGUGUAAAGCUGUGGAGAUUGCUGGUGCUGCCUCACUAUCAUCAUUGGAAAUGAACGAAAAAGUUGCUUUGGAUGAUGAGAUUGUGAAGGGCUUAAUCUCACUGUUAGGGAGUUCGGAAAAGGAAAUCGCAAUGGCCUCUUGUAAUGCUGUGUUGGAUAUAUCCACCACAUUGGUUGGGCGCUGGCGGCUGCUUGAAUUUGGUGCUGUCGAUAAUCUUCUUCUUCGCUUCAUGCAGGCAUGCAAAUUUCCGAAAUUUUGUCCCAUUGGUAAUGUGAAAUUGUUGGAGAAAGAUGAGUAUCUACUAUUGCUUCUUCAGGGUGCCAUUACUCUUAUAAAUUCAUGCACGAUUGAGCAGCUGGAGCAUUUACCAAUUGAGCUAGCUGAAAAUUUUUCAAAGCUUCUGAAAAGAAUUUGGAGACAAGAACGUGGGGAGGGAAUAUAUGGCUCUGCUUCUAUGCGGGGAGAUGAGUUCUGCUUGAGAAACAUCAAGACGAAUAAUUUGUUAGAAAGCAUAUUUAGGCUAUCCAUUAACUGUAACCUGCACCCAAAAACCAUAGACUUUAAACCUCCUAAGAAAAGAAAUUUCUAUUUGGGGAAAAUCGGCAUGGAACCAUUUUUAUCAGAUAUUUGGGAGACUUCUCCUAUGCUUAUAAGGAACACUUCAAAUUCUUCAACAAACCCUGAUAGUAUUUUCGGCGCUUUCAUCCAGUUUUUCGGUUUAAAAGACAAAAUUUCUACCUUUCUUCCUUCCUUUCUAAAACGCAUUAUUUCAUGCCCAGCAAUCGUAUCAGAUGAAUUAGAUAUUCUGCAAGUCAUCAAGGACAUAAAGAACAAUCUUGGUCAUCCUAUAUAUUACCACCAAGAUAUUCGUGUCGUGAAAACAGAGCAUGGUGGAAAAGAGUUGCACUAUUUUCCCAAUCCCCAUGUUCUAAGUAUUGAUGAUGCCGAAAAAUGUGAAGAAGCAUUUAAGAAAGGCUAUUCCAUCGCUGUACGUGGCAUCGAAUUUCGUGACCCAGCUAUAGCUGCUAUUGCCGAUGAGCUGGCAUCUCUCUUUGGGCAGCCCUCGGCAGGUGUUAAUAUGUACCUGACACCAUUUAAUUCGCAAGGCUUGGCUAGGCACAGUGACGACCACUGUGUGAUAGUGUGCCAAAUUGUUGGUGCCAAAAGAUGGAGAGUGUUUUCCCAGUCGGAUUUUAAGUUGCCCCGCUUGUAUGAGUCAUGCGGUGGUUCGCUGGAUGAUUUGGAGGAUGAAAGUUGUGAGUUUGAUGAGUGCAGACAGUUUGUGGUGAAAAGAGGGGAUGUUUUGUAUAUUCCGAGAGGCUUUCCACAUGAGGCAACUACUGAUGUGAAUGAAUUUGAUAAUGUGAGCAAUGGUGCUUCUUUGCAUUUGACGCUGGCGAUUGAAGUCGAGCCUCCAUUUGAGUGGGAAGGUUUUAUGCACGCGGCUGUAUAUUCUUGGGUUAAAAAAUUCAAAGCAUCACUGCACGAACCAGGCGGUGAUUCUGCAGUAGCAUGUAGUCUUUACGUGGUAUCCAUAAUGCUUCUCCAUAUUGAAAUAAAGGUAAUCGGCCAACACGACCUUCGGUUUCGUAAGGCUUGUUUGGCAUUGUCUUCACACACCAGCGAAUGGCUUUGCGAGAACCAGAGAACAACUUUCGCGCACUUGAUCAGUAUUAUAGACAGCAAGUUAAUCGGCCAACACGACCUUCGGUUUCGUAAGGCUUGUUUGGCAUUGUCUUCACACACCAGCGACUGGCUUUGCGAGAACCAGAGAACAACUUUCGCGCACUUGAUCAGUAUUAUAGACAGCAAGGUGAAGUUUCUAGAAGCUGUUGAACAUUUUAAAGCGGCUCUUGAAAUGAAUGAAGAUCCUUUGGAACACAUGAGAUGGAUGAAGUUUCUAGAAGUAGGGGAAUCGCCGAACUCGUACAUUUUGUCAACAGAUCCACAGGAUCCGUUUGGUGUUUUGAGUCAGGAUAUGGAUUUAGUGGAAGCUUCUUUUUCAAAGGUUAAGUCUCGAUUUUGUCGUGAAGUGGAGUUCGAGGAUGUGAAACGGUGUUAUGAGGUGCUGCUCAGCAAGUACAGAAAGGUAAGAAAGCAAUACACGAAUGGCAUGCUUGCUCUCCAUUCUGCUAUUGGCGAUGAACGUGAGUAUCAUGCUUGA